AUGGCCUAUCGCAUGGGUCUUGACCGACUUGAGAAUUUACGAAUGCUAUAUCCUGAAUGGCGGGUCCUCGAUAGGGAAGUCCUCCAAGAAUGGCGAACAUUAUGGUGGUUCAUCUAUCGCCUCGAUUCAUACUCCAAUAUCUCUUCAGGCACGCCAUUCCUGAUCGACGACAAGUUCAUAAAUACCUCCUUGGUAUUAUCAUUUUCUAGUUCGAGUUCCGGGAGUGAUGGUGCUGCUCCAGAGAAUCUGCGCAUGCCGUCCAACCCUGAAUUUUUCUGGAAAAUCAUCCCCGCACUCAGCUCAAAUCCAGAAACUUUCCUGCAGAAUGCUCACCUAGUCGCUAUAUCUGCCACUCGCCAGGCAGGAGUUGUUCUAAGACAUCACUGCGUGCUUUCCAAAGAGGAACUCGUCGACAAAGACUUCAGUGCAUUCGAGCGACAUCUUUCUGCUCUUCGCCUGGCCCUUCCUUCAGGCUGGUUUAACCCCAAGCGCAACGCGUUCUCGAAUGAGACACAAGCAUACCAUCAUGGAAGAUUGAACAGUGUUAUUCUUCUCUUGAUGUCUCAGCUUCUCAUAUCGAUCAUUGGUUGUGCCAUAGCGAAAAAUGAUGAAUGGCUUUCCAAUUGGCAGCGUAUCCUUGAGACUUGUCAGGGUAUUGCGUCGGUUGCAGCAGAGUAUGAUACGUCUUUCUGUAUCAAAGUCGAUCCUGCAAUUUGCUUCGUUUAUUUUACUGCGCUUAUCUUUCUCGAGAUGCACAGAAAGUCAAGUACUUUUUCUGUACCUGAUCUGCUGUCGAAUAUUGAGCAUGAUCAAACUGUACUCCGUUUGCAACUUGAGCAGUUUGCAAAAAUUUGGACAUUGCCGAAACUUCUUAUCAGUAAGUUGAUGUUGACUUUUUGA